UGCGUCCCGCCGAGGAGGAAGCCGCCGCCGUGGCCGCGGCCGCAGGGCUCCGGGCGCGACCGGCCAUGAGCGGCGACUCCGCCGUCCCCGGCCACCGCUGAGCCCGCCCGAGGUGCUCGCCGCUCCCGGCAGCUUCUCCCGCCGGGGCCCUCGCGGCAAGAAACAUGAUUCCAGUAACAGAAUUCCGGCAGUUCUCUGAGCAGCAGCCUGCCUUCCGGGUGCUGAAGCCAUGGUGGGACGUGUUUACGGAUUACCUGUCCGUGGCCAUGCUGAUGAUCGGUGUGUUCGGAUGCACUUUGCAGGUCAUGCAAGACAAGAUAAUCUGCCUUCCAAAAAGAGUGCAGCCUGCUCAGAACCACUCAUCCGUUUCAAAUGUCUCUCAAGCAGUGGCCAGCGCCACCCCGCUGCCUCCACCCAGACCAUCCCCUCUCAGUCCUGCCACGGUGGAAAUGAAAGGACUGAAGACGGACCUGGAUCUUCAGCAGUACAGCUUCAUAAACCAGAUGUGCUACGAGCGAGCCCUCCACUGGUAUGCCAAGUAUUUCCCCUACCUUGUGCUCAUCCACACUCUGGUCUUCAUGCUCUGCAGUAACUUUUGGUUCAAAUUCCCUGGAUCCAGCUCCAAAAUAGAACAUUUCAUCUCCAUCCUGGGAAAGUGUUUUGACUCUCCCUGGACCACACGGGCUUUAUCUGAAGUGUCUGGGGAGGAUUCAGAAGAAAAAGACAACAGGAAGAACAAUAUGAACAGGUCCAACACCACCCAGUCUGGUCCAGAAGGCAGCCUGGUCAACUCUCAGUCUCUGAAGUCAAUUCCUGAGAAGUUUGUGGUUGACAAAUCUACAGCAGGAGCUUUGGAUAAAAAGGAAGGGGAGCAAGCAAAGGCCUUAUUUGAGAAGGUGAAGAAGUUCAGGCUGCAUGUAGAAGAAGGUGACAUACUAUAUGCUAUGUAUGUUCGCCAGACUGUUCUCAAGGUUAUCAAAUUCCUCAUCAUCAUUGCAUAUAACAGUGCUCUGGUUUCCAAGGUCCAGUUCACGGUGGAUUGUAAUGUUGACAUUCAGGACAUGACUGGAUAUAAAAACUUCUCUUGUAAUCAUACCAUGGCACACUUGUUUUCAAAGCUCUCCUUUUGCUACUUGUGCUUUGUAAGUAUCUACGGCCUGACGUGCCUUUACACCUUAUAUUGGCUGUUCUACCGCUCUCUGAGGGAAUAUUCUUUUGAGUAUGUCCGGCAGGAGACAGGAAUUGAUGAUAUUCCAGAUGUGAAAAAUGACUUUGCUUUUAUGCUUCAUAUGAUCGAUCAGUAUGACCCUCUUUAUUCCAAGAGAUUUGCAGUGUUCCUGUCUGAAGUCAGUGAAAACAAAUUAAAGCAGCUAAACUUAAACAACGAGUGGACUCCCGAUAAGCUGAGGCAGAAGCUGCAGACAAACGCCCAUAACCGGCUGGAAUUGCCUCUUAUCAUGCUGUCAGGCCUUCCAGACACUGUCUUUGAAAUCACAGAGUUGCAAUCUCUAAAACUUGAAAUCAUUAAGAACGUGAUGAUCCCGGCCACCAUUGCUCAGCUGGACAAUCUCCAGGAGCUCUCCCUGCACCAGUGCUCUGUCAAAAUCCACAGCGCAGCGCUCUCUUUCCUGAAGGAGAACCUCAAAGUCCUGAGUGUCAAGUUUGAUGACAUGAGGGAGCUGCCCCCCUGGAUGUAUGGCCUGCGGAACCUGGAAGAGCUCUACCUUGUUGGCUCUCUAAGUCAUGAUAUUUCAAAAAAUGUCACCCUUGAGUCUCUGCGGGAUCUCAAAAGCCUUAAAAUUCUCUCUAUCAAAAGCAACGUUUCCAAAAUCCCGCAGGCGGUGGUGGACGUCGCCAGCCACCUCCAGAAGAUGUGCAUACACAACGACGGCACCAAGCUCGUGAUGAUCAACAACUUGAAGAAGAUGACCAACCUGACAGAGCUGGAGCUGGUGCACUGCGACCUGGAGCGCAUUCCCCACGCUGUGUUCAGCCUGCUCAGCCUCCAGGAGCUGGACCUGAAGGAAAACAACCUGAAGUCCAUAGAGGAGAUCGUGAGCUUCCAGCACUUGCGCAAGCUGACGGUGCUGAAACUGUGGCAUAACAGCAUCACCUACAUCCCCGAGCACAUAAAGAAGCUUACCAGUCUGGAGCGGCUGUCCUUUAGUCACAAUAAAAUAGAGGUGCUGCCUUCCCACCUCUUCCUAUGCAACAAAAUCCGAUACCUGGACUUAUCCUACAAUGAUAUCCGAUUCAUCCCACCGGAAGUGGGAGUUCUACAAAGUUUACAGUAUUUUUCCAUCACUUGUAACAAGGUGGAAAGCCUUCCCGAUGAACUGUACUUCUGCAAGAAACUUAAGACUCUGAAGAUUGGGAAAAACAGUCUAUCAGUACUCUCACCGAAAAUUGGAAAUUUACUCUUUCUUUCCUACUUGGAUGUCAAAGGGAAUCACUUUGAAAUCCUCCCUCCUGAACUGGGUGACUGCCGGGCUCUGAAGCGAGCUGGUUUAGUUGUAGAAGACACUCUCUUUGAAACUUUGCCCUCAGACGUCCGGGAGCAAAUGAAAGCAGAAUGACUUACUUAAGUGUGACUGAAACACGCUUUUACCAAAUACAGUAUAAAGAAUUAGGUAGUCUUAAUGCCUUUCUUUUUUUUUUUUUCUUUUUCACAUGAAAUGUACACACAGAUUGAGUGAGGAGUAUGUAUUUUUAAUAAAAAUUUAAUUGUAUUUUUCAAUAUUAA